GUUCACAGGAUUUGGAUCCCUCGUUCAGUCGUUCUUCCCCCAGGCCCCAGCCUCAUGCCGCCGGCCUAACCAACCAACCUCAUGGCCGCCGCCAUUGCCGCGGCGCUUCUCCGCCGCUCCACCUCGCACCACCGUCUCAUAUUACCUCUCCUCUCUCACCUCCACCGCACCUUUCCGCAACCCUCGUCCCCAUGGCUCCCACCCCAACACCGCUUCUUCUCCACCGGCGAAUCAGCCGGCGAUCCCACCCAGAAACCGACGUCUUCUCUUGACCCGAAGAAGCUAUGGCGCGAGCUAUCCGCCUCGGACCCCGCCGUCGGAUCCUGCCGCCUGCCGAAGGCCACGUGGGAUGCCAUUGUAGGCCUCGUCCGCGGCUUCGCCAAAAGUCCGGCCAUAUCCGACCAGGCGCUCGCGCUCUACGUCCCCUCUUCUGCCUUCCCAUCCUACGUCCGCCGCUUCCGCGCGUUCAUCCUCCCGCGACUCUCCCGGGAGUCCGCGGCGCAUCUCCUCUCGCUCCCCGCUGAGGACGCACACGAGCUCCUCCUCCCGGCCUUCGCAGAGUUCUGCUUCUCCAACUUCGCAGACAAGCUGAGGCAGCACAGGUCGGUCAUGGCCGCGGCCGACCUCACGGCCCCGCACACCUGGUACCCCUUCGCGCGCGCUAUGCGCCGCCGUAUCGUGUACCACUGCGGGCCCACGAACAGCGGCAAGACGCACAACGCGCUCACCCGCUUUGCCGCAGCCAAGUCUGGGGUCUACUGCAGCCCGCUCCGUCUCCUCGCCAUGGAGAUCUUCGACAAGGUCAAUGCGCUCGGUGUCUACUGCAGCCUGCGCACUGGACAAGAGGUUAAGGAAGUGCCUUUCUCCAACCAUGUCGCAUGUACCAUUGAAAUGAUGUCCACUGAGGAGCUCUACGAAGUCGCCGUGGUUGAUGAGAUACAGAUGAUGGCUGACCCUGUCAGGGGCUUUGCGUGGUCGCGCGCUGUGCUUGGGCUCAAGGCGGAUGAGAUACACCUCUGCGGUGACCCUAGCGUGCUCAAGAUUGUCCAGAAGAUUUGUGCAGAUACUGGGGAUGAUUUAGUGGUGCAUCAAUAUGAGAGAUUCAAGCCUCUUGUUGUUGAAGCAAAGACACUUCUUGGGGACCUCAAGAAUAUCCGCUCUGGUGACUGCGUUGUUGCUUUCUCACGCAAGGAGAUAUUCGAGGUGAAGCUGGCAAUUGAGAAGUUUACAAAGCACAAGUGUUGUGUUAUCUAUGGAGCUCUGCCACCAGAGACACGACGACAACAAGCAAAGUUGUUCAACGAGCAGGAUAAUGAGUAUGAUGUGCUUAUAGCAAGUGAUGCAGUCGGUAUGGGGCUGAACCUUAACAUUAGGAGAGUUGUGUUCUAUAGCUUGGCAAAAUACAAUGGGGAAAGGAUGGUUCCAGUUCCCGCUUCGCAGGUAAAGCAGAUUGCUGGUCGUGCUGGUCGGAGGGGCAGUGUCUAUCCAGAUGGACUCACAACAACUUUCUUGAAAGAUGAUUUAGAUUAUUUGAUUCAGUGCCUGCAGCAGCCAUUUGAGGAGGCACAAAAAGCUGGUAUUUUUCCUUGCUUUGAGCAAGUUGAAAUGUUUGCCAGCCAAUUCCCUAACCUUUCUUUUAAUGAUCUGUUGGAUAAAUUCCGUGAUAGUUGUCGCAUCGAUAAAACAUACUUCAUGUGCCAGCAGGACAGUAUCAAGAAGGUUGCUAAUAUGCUUGAGAGGGUGCAGGGGCUAUGCCUCAAGGAUCGCUAUAAUUUUUGCUUUGCUCCGGUAAAUAUAAGGGAUCCAAAAGCCAUGUACCAUCUUUUAAGAUUUGCCACCAACUAUUCUCAUAGCCGUCGUGUUGGCAUCGCAAUGGGAAUACCAAGGGGUUCUGCAAAAAAUGACGCUGAGCUUCUGGACCUUGAGACAAAACAUCAGGUCCUAUCAAUGUAUCUAUGGUUGUCACAUCAUUUUGAGGAAGAUAACUUUCCUCAUGUGCAGCAGGCUGAAAACAUGGCAAUAAAUAUUGCUGAUUUACUUGGCAAGUCGCUUGCGAAAGCAUGCUGGAAGCCUGAAUCAAGACAGCAAGUUAGGGGGCGACGAGAAGGAAAGGAUGAGUACAAUGAGGAACAAGCAUCAAAUGAAAGUGCAAAUGAUGUUCCUACAAAUGGUUAUGAACGGCCAAGGGCACUUGAUAAAACACUAAGGAAAUGGCAAGAUAAGGUCAGCCAGAACUGUCCUCCGUCCUUGAACUUUGUGGCCUGAAACUCUCAUGGAGUGAUUAAACCCAAAUGGAUGCUAUGAAAAUACCCUCUUGCACCAAGUUGGACAACUAGAUCAAACUGCAAACGCCUCGAAAGUUUGUGUUAAUGCUAUGGCAUGUUCUGGCCAUUUUCUCAUAUUUGACUUAAGCUAGUUUUGUCUAUCUGUUUGGAGCUUGUGCUUGUCAUCCUAGAAAGAUAUUGUUAUCGCCUAACAACACCAGGGUGUUGUAGGUACCUGA